AAUAAUUGACUAAAAUCAUAUAUUAUAUUUUUGUUGGUCGAUAGACAAUAAAAUGCAAGCUAUAAACGUGGUAAAUAAUAACCAAAGAACACAUGCUCUUUUGAUCCCAAAGGAUGAAUGGAUACGAAUAAAAAAGAUUCUGACCAAAAAGGAUGAUGAUAUAGCUACAAUUGAGAUGAUAAAGCGAUUAAAAGACGAACGGCAAGCUACAUCCAAAGCCAUAUCUGAAUCAUGGGACACCACUGUACUGAACAAAAGAAAGAAAGAACUAGAAAACAGACAAAAGUUAUUAGCUAGUAAUGAAACCAGACAACUUAAAAGAGACGAAAUUAUGAAACUCGAGAUUUUGGAGCGCAGAAAUGCCAUUGUAGAAAAGGCGCGGUUGAAGAAAUGGUCGGACAGAGACUCGACAAAAGCGCUCACCAGAGCAGUGCACAAGAUGGAGGUGCUUAGAGAGAGAUCUAUUCAAAUUAUAUUCAAUGAGGUUCAGAGAGCGAAGGAACUGGAAGCAGAUCGUUUGUUGAAAAUGGAACAAAAUUUAGAUGCUGAACGAUAUAAGACAGAUCAAUGGGAACAGAAAUUGAAACAAGCUGAAAUGAAAAAAGCUAAUGCUGCUUUUUUCCUAAAAGAAUUGAAAGAACGAGAGAAUAUAAAGCACAAUGAUGAUAUUAAAUUAAAAGAAGAAGGUAAAGAUGAAUUACAAAGAAUUGCAAAUGAAAUCGAGGAAGAUAAAGAGAAUAAAAAAGCUAAAGCUCUAGCAACGAGAGAGAAUUUAAUAAAUCACUUAAAUGAAAAUAGAAAAUUUGUGGCUGAAAACAUUAAGCUGCGUCAAUUAGAAGAUCAAGAGGAAAAUUUAGUAGUAUCAAUAAUGGCUGAGGCAAAGAAAAAAAUAGCUAAAACAAGAAAACUGAAAGAAAUAGAAAUUUUAAAAGAAAAACAAACAUUAUUAGAAAAAAUGGUUGAAACUGCAAACACAUGUCAGGAUAAAGAAGAGGUUUCAUUUCAAAACGCAGUCGAAGAAAAAGAGCGGAAGUAUCAAAGAGAAGAACUUAAAAAUAAGGGUUUGAUAAAAAAUAGAGAAGAAGAUUUUGAGGACAGUAAGAAAAUCUUGGAUGAAGAAAAUAGAAAGGAAAAAGAACGUUUGACACUGAGUCAUCAGUGGGAACUGGAAAGGCGCCUAAGAGAGACUGAGAUGUUAUGCUUACUCGAAGAGUCACGUAAACAGGCAAAGACCAGAGAAAUUAACAGUUUUCGAAAGAAUCUCAACUUACAAUGUGAUAACAAUAGAGCGGCUACUAGAGCUAACGAACGGGUAGAUGUUGAAGAAUAUAAUGCACACUUAAAACUAUGGAAACAACAGGACGAGGAGUUUAUGACCUACACUAAAAAUAUGAUAACUAAAUAUAAAAAAGCUGGGAUAUCUGUCAUACCACUAAUGAAAGCCAUCGAGGACUAUAAGAAAAACAACAAAUUACUCAGCAUGCAGUGAACAUAGUCCCAAGUCCGAAUAAUCUAAAUUUAUAUCAAGAACACUUGAUAUACACGUAUAAUACGUAGUUAAUAUUCGUGUGAUACAUUGUAUAAUAUAUGAAAAUAUAAGUUUAUUUUAUGUUUAAGGACUAAGGUACGUGGACGUAUAUCCGUAUAUUUUAUUUGCUAAAAAUACGUUUAUUAUUGGUUAGUACUAUAGCCCCAGUGGUGUCUUUGAGGGUAUACGAGUUUAUACGGCGUGUUGGUGUAUCCCCAUUUACUGUAUACUCUGUUCCAUAUAAGAGUGAACCACUCGGCUGAACAAAAUUUUUUAGGGAACUGGGUGGUUAUAGUUAUGACACAUACAAU